AUGGAUCGGAGAGAUCCCCAACACUCGGCUUGGACCGAAUCCGAGAUGUCGACACGCAAGAACUCGGCAGAGUGGCAGACUUCCAGACCAAACUCACCCAAGUUGGCACCACUGGACCUCGGAUUCGUCGACGAGAAGAAGGGCAAGGAGAACGAGAAGGACGGCUACAACACAUCCAUCACGCCCGUCGUGGAAAAGGGAACGACACCUCACGGCGCCGCUCAUGGCCACCUGCGCGAUGUUCCCGGCCUCGGAAUGAUCGACAUCAACGACCCCAACCGCCCGAGGAUGGGCUGGAAGGCGCGUAUUCACCACUUUACCUGGGCGUGGUACACCCUCACCAUGAGCACGGGAGGUCUCGCGCUCCUCAUCUUCGCACAACCUCAUCAGUUCCCCGGACUGAGGCAAAUCGGUACCGUCGUCUAUGUCAUCAACAUCAUCCUCUUCGUCCUCGUCUGCUCCGCCAUGUUGACAAGAUUCUUCCUUUACCCCGGAGAUAUGAAGAAGUCCCUGACGCACGAACGUGAGGGUUUCUUCUUCCCAACUUUCUUCCUGUCCAUCGCAACGCUCAUCACCAGCACGAACCGAUACGCCAUCCCCGAGAACGAUGAGACCCUUGUCUGGGCCAUCCAGGUUGCCUUCUGGGGCUACCUCAUCGUCACGCUCAUGUUGGCCAUCGGCCAGUACAGCUUCGUCUUUGCUAGGCACAACUUUGGUCUCCAGACCAUGAUGCCGACAUGGAUUCUGCCCAUCUUCCCCAUCAUGCUUACUGGCACCAUCGCCUCCGUCAUCGCCGACACCCAGCCCGAGAUCGCGGCGGUACCUAUUGUCAUUGCCGGCCUCACUUGCCAGGGUCUUGGUCUGUCCGUCGCCGUUCUCAUGUACGCACACAUGGUCGGCCGCCUCAUGUCCGCAGGUCUCCCUCACCGUGAGCAUCGCCCUGGUCUGUUCAUGAACGUCGGUCCCCCGGCCUUCACUGCUCUCGCUCUCAUCGGCAUGGCCAACGGACUCCCCAACAACCUCGACCCUGACCGUGAUGGAAUCAUUAUCGACGCCGGUAUCAUCAGGACCAUCGCUCUUAUGAGCGCUAUCUUCCUUUGGGCGUUGGCUGCCUGGUGGUUCGGCAUUGCGACCAUCGCCGUCAUCUCAUCGCCGCCUGUCUACUUCCACUUGGGUUGGUGGGCCAUGGUCUUCCCCAACACGGGUUUCACUCUCGCCACCAUCACCAUCGCCAACCAACUAGGCAACGAGGCGGUGAAAUGGUUCGCAACAGGAAUGAGUGUCUGUCUACUCGGAGCUUACUGCUUCGUUCUGUACCACCACAUCAGGGCGGUUGUUAUCCAAGACAUCAUGUACACCAUGAGAGACGAGGACUACAACGACCACUGA